AUGAAAAAAUUACAGGUGGCUGCAAAUGUAAAUGUUCAAAUUUUCCGCUCUAAAAAAGGUUUUGAAAAAUUAGCGUAUGAAGGAUUUUUAUACAAUUUGGAUAAGCGUCAUCAAAAAUACGUGUUAUGGCGAUGUGAAAUGAGUAAGAAACCAGGAUAUAAAUGCAGUGGACGCGUUCGAAUGACACGAGAUUCUCUUGAAAUGUACAGUACCCAUUCACAUCCUGCGAAUCCACUCAAAGUUGUCACGGACAUAUUAAAAGCGCGGCUAUAUGAAGCUGCUGAAGAUCCAACAAACAGUUCGAGAUUUUUGUACCACGAAGCUGUUCAUUUGGCUUCUUUUGCUGGAUCUUCUGAUAUGUGUCUCCCGAAAUUGGGCUCAAUGCAACGAGUUAUCAGUCGUAAACGACGUCGUACUCAGAAGUUACUAGAAGCUUCAUCUAAUUAUGAUGCAAGUGGUACUCCUUCAACAUCGACUGCUGCUAAUGGUAGAUGCAUCAGCAAUCUUUCACAGAAUGAUGAGUGCUCACAAUUCUUCACUCUAUCUAAAGGAUUCAAAGAAAAUGAGUUGAAAAAGGAUGAAGAUUGCGUCGUCGAUGCUGAUUUGAUUCACAGUGAAAUAGAAAAGGAAACAAAACUUACCGUGCACCAGUCUUUUUACACAGACUCUUAUCUAUCUGGAAAAUCGCAGAAUUGUUUCAAGCCUACAAAAAACCAACGAAUGGAAAUACCGAUUCUUUUGAAACGCAUUGCUCAAGAUGCUGGUAUUUUAGAUUUAACGUCUCUAGAUCUUGCUGAAGCCUUAGACGAUGCUGACCCACUGAAAUUUUUACGCCAUGAAUUUGCUUUUCCUAAAAUGAAGACAUUACCACAAAUAGAUUUAUUACUAGUGAAUGCUAAUGAUGAUGCCAUAUAUAUGUGUGGUAAUUCAUUAGGAUUAAUGCCGAAGGGUACGAAACGUCUUAUGGACGAGCAGUUCGAAAAGUGGGCAAAUAUGGGUGUUUUGGGGCACACAGAAGGACCUUUGCCAUGGGCGCAUAGUGAUGAAUCAGUUCUGGACAGUAUUGCCGAUUUAGUUGGUGCUGAGCGUACCGAGGUAGCUUUGAUGAACAGUUUAACUGUCAAUUUACAUAUUUUGUUGGCGGCUUUCUAUCAACCUACCUCAAAACGCCAUAAAAUCCUUACUGAAGCGAAAGCAUUUCCAUCAGAUCAUUAUGCCAUUGAAUCACAGAUUCGAUUAAAAGGGUUCACAGUAGAAGAGAGUAUGAUUUGUAUACAUCCGCAACCUGACUGCAUUCGGAACGACGAUAUUAUCUCGGUCAUUGAGGAGCAAGGUGAUAUGAUAGCAGUUAUUUGGUUUAGUUCUAUUCACUAUUAUACGGGUCAACUCUUUGAUAUCGAACGAAUAACCAAAGCUGGGCAUGAAAAAGGAUGUCUUGUUGGCUGGGACUUGGCGCAUGCUUUUGUAAAUAUUCCAUUAUCAUUACAUGAUUGGGACGUUGACUUUGCUUGUUGGUGUACAUAUAAGUAUAGUUGUUCUGGUGCUGGAGGUAUUGGUGGAUUCUUUGUACAUAAGAGAUUUGAAAAUGACAAACGUGACCGCAUGCUUGGUUGGUGGAGUCACAAGAUGGAAAGCCGUUUCAUCAUGGAUAAUCAAAUGGAUUUGGAUGAGGGCGCAGCUGGUUAUCGUAUCAGUAAUCCUCCUAUGAUGCUUGUCGUUCCAUUUAUUGCUUUUUUAGAAGUACUCUCCAAAACAACGAUGCAAGAUUUGAGAGCCAAAUCUGUGUUAUUGACUGGUUAUUUAGAAUAUCUUUUAAUUCAUUUCCUUAGUCCGUCGUCAUUAAAUCGAAGAACCAAAAAGGUAAUGUGCACCAUAUUGACACCAUCUGAUCCAGAACAACGUGGCUGUCAACUUUCACUUAAAUUUAAUGUGAAUAUAUCAAAUGUGUAUGAAGAGCUAGUAAAAAGAGGAGUAGUGGUUGAUAAACGUUAUCCAGAUGUGAUACGUGUUACACCUGUGCAUCUGUAUAACAGUUUUACCGAUGUGCAUCGUUUCAUGCGAGCAUUAUUAGAUUCAUUAAUUGUGAUCGAAAGUAACCUCGAAAAUUAG